AGAUGAGUUAAGCGAGCAAACGGUUGCAAAGCCAAGGCGUGCGUGAAAAAAGUGAGAAUAAUUAUUAGUUGCAAAAGUAUUUUUGAUGUAUCUCAUAACCUAUGCACGUCCAGAUAUGAAAGUUUAGUUGUCAAGAAAAGUUUGCCCUCGAUUAUUGUUGCUUUUUUAACAACAUUGCACCAUAGUCUAUGUGUCUGUCAGGCAGAGGCCCCGUCAGCUGUUUGCACUCUGUAUAAUAUAUAGUCUGCUCAGCUCAACGAGUAUAUACCUGCAAAUAAAAGUUACAAGUGCACGUAUACAUAUACUGCGACAAAAGCGUGGUUCGGUGUGGAUAUAUACGUCGCAAUCGUCUGCAGCUCUCUCUCCAGCUGUCAGAUCGAUAUAUAUAUAUACUUUCCAGCGUUUCGUUGUGUCCGAAAAAAAAGAACAAGUGCCUACAAUACCUAUUUAUAAACCGAGUCGCGUAUGUAAAAAGUGAGUUUAGUUGUUGGUUGACUUUGGUUAUUUUUCUUUUGCAUAAAAAGUGAGGAACGGUGCCAAGGUGUAUAUUAUAAAGGCGCUCCAGGUGUCGGGUCGAGAGACGGCGGCCAAGAUCCUAGCCUUGCCUCGAUUGUUCCUGGCUGACGAGUCGUCUCGGGCACUGGCUAACACUGCGGUUUUGUCUUCACCACCUACGUCAACGACGGACAACAAAAUUGUUAUUCACAACGAUGGCAGACGGAGGCUGUCUGUGCUACACAGCAGCGAGACGCCCGAUCAGCUCAUGAUGAAUGAGGACAAUCACGAUGAGGUCCACAUGACUACGCCAGAACUCAUAACUAAACAUGGUUACGUAGCUGAAACGCAUCAUGUAUGGACUGAAGAUGGUUAUAGAUUGGAAUUACACAGAGUAGUGAAAAAAGCUAGAAAAAGAAAUACGAUAAAUAGUUUGACAGAAGCUAAGAAUAGUAGAAAUUUAGAGUCAAAUGAAUCAAGUAUAGAGAUUAAUACUGAUAUCAAAGAAACAUCAGUUCCAAUAGUGGAUGAAGUACUAAGUUCACAGGCCAAAGAAGAUAGUAAUCCUAAAAUUAAGCCUCCCAUAAUAGUGAAUCAUGGCUUACUUUCAAGUUCAGCAGACUGGGUUUUACUUGGACCUGAAAAAGCUCUUGCUUACGUAUUAUGUGACAGCGGAUAUGACGUGUGGUUAGUGAAUGUCAGAGGAAAUACUUAUUCCCAAUGUCACAGAAAGUACACGACAAAGAACCGAGAGUUCUGGGAUUUUAGUUGGCAUGAAAUAGGAUACUAUGAUUUACCAGCAAUUAUAGAUUAUAUAUUAGAAAAAACUCAACAAACGAGUUUACAUUAUGUUGGUUAUAGUCAAGGGACUACAACAUUUUAUGUAAUGUGCAGUGAAAGACCUGAAUACUGCGAGAAAGUCAAGUCAAUGGUGAGCAUGGCUCCAAUCGCAUUUCUCACAAACCAACGCAGUCCAUUAAUCAAAUUUAUAGUUAAAUUCUACAUUUUCAUGGAAUGGGGAUCAGUAUAUUGUAACAUAAAUCAAUGGUUUCCGAGAAACAAGUUGCAAGCAAAAGCUUUAAGUACGUUAGUUAGAAACACUCCAGGCACUCUGACCAAGAGCUUCUACAGCUGCUGGUUUUACCUUGUAGCUGGUUUUGGCAGCAAUCAAUUAGACAAGUCAAUGUUACCCCUUAUAUUUGGACACUUUCCAGGUGGUGCUUCAGCCAAGCAAAUCAUCCAUUACAGUCAAAUUAUUAUCAAUGACUCAUUUCGCAAGUUUGAUUACGACACGUCGAAAAAUCUUAAGCUCUAUGGAAGCACACAGCCUCCAAAGUAUUGUUUGGAGCGAGUUACAGUUCCUGUUGCUGUGUUUUACAGUGAAAAUGAUUUCCUCACUCAUCCAACCGACGUAAAGAGGCUUAUUGAAAAGAUCCCGAACGUUGUUUUGAAGCACAAAAUCGAAUACUCAAAAUUUAACCAUAUCGACUAUCUCUGGGGUAGAGAUGCAAAAACGCUACUCUAUGACCACAUAGUCGACUUUAUAAAGAGUUACGACUAACGGGGCGACUUUAUAGACGGGCUCUCUAAAUGUUGAAUUGUACAUAAUAAUUCGCGUGUAAAGUAUUUUUUGUAGAUCAUAAGCAAAGACUAGUAUAUGAUGACACUAGUGAAAAUUUAUCUAUAUCCGUCUGAUCUUUGUCUCGAGAUUAAACGUAGAUCUGUUACGAUUUUAGUUGAGUUAUAGUUGCAUUUAAGAAAUCGACAACGGUAUAUUUUUUUAACGCUCGAAACUUGCAAUAUAUUUUAUAUUUUUUUUUUUUUUAAAUAUUAUUUUUAUCACCAUUAAAUGAGAGUACAAUUAUCGUUGUUACGUUUAACUCCUAUAUGUUCAAAUAAUAUAUAAAUUAGUUGAAUUCUAUAUCAUAAACAUCAAGCAAGAUAAAUCAAUUUUCGUUACCUUGUCUUGUCAAAUUAUCAUUUUCAGUAUUACGUAGAACAAUUUUUCUAAAUAGCUCAAAAUAUAACGAUAAUCGAGAUUGGAUGCGAGAUUAUAGGAAAACAUAAACGAAAAAAAAGCGUACCAAGGUUGUUUCAAAUUUCAUUUUACUGCCAUGUGUGAGUGGCCGGGACAAUAUCGAGGUCAGUAGUUUACCAUGUACCUCAUGUAAGAUCGCUCGUUCCAACGAGAAGGGAAAAGAGAGAGAUAGUAUUCAUCGUGUGCACAUAUAUGUAUGUAUACGUCGAUGAGAUGAGAGAUUGACUCGUACGAGCUGCAUGAAUCGUAUUUGAAAAAAUCUAACUUUGAUUAACGUUGUAUUUUGUAUCUACAGACCAUUUGCGCUCCAACUAAUUUGUUCUUAAUAAUUUUAUUGUUUACUAUACAUCUAAGAGUGCGAUUUUCUCAAAAAGACCAGAACUUUGAUAAAUAUUGAUUGAAGAAAAUCUAUCACUUGUCACAUAAUGACAUUGGUAUCUAGUUGUACAAAUUUGAUCGAUUUAUCUUGAAAGGUGAUUUAAAAAUCCUUGGUCAAUUUUUAUACUAGUGAUUAUUUUUUGGCAAUCAUAAUGCCGUUCUACCAAACGUUGCUCGUGAAUAACUGUGAGUAUAUAUAUGAAACCUUAUAAAAUAAAAGAGAAACAAAUUUUAUAGUAAACUGACAGUACCUAACAUAUUUUACUUUUUCACUUGUGAUUCAAUGCACAGCCUAAGUAAAAAAAAAAAUAAAUAACGUCGUUCCGAUUUGAGAAUUUACAUUUGAGCACAUUCUGCAACAAUACUCAUGCUUUAACUCUUUUCAUUAAUUUUUUUACUUGUGUUACUUACCAUCGCGUUAAGAUUUUGCGCAUAACUGAGAAAUUACCGCGUAAAACAAAAAAAUAACUUUACUUGUUUUUGAAGAAUCAAGUUGAACCACAUAUUCUCUUUUUCCUUAUAGCUUUGAUGAUAAAUUAUACAUGAGAAAAAAAAAAACAAAAAUCAACAAGCAAUGAAAAACAUGUACUUCUCUUAUUUCUUCUUGGAUAAUCGUAUAUUUUGUAGCUACUAUUGUUUGUGAUAAAAUAAGUGAGAUUGUAAAGAAAAGUUAGUGUUUAUAACACAACAGUUAUUGUAAAUAAGAAUAAAUCUGCAAGUGAUUUAAAUAAAAUAAAAUAAAGAAUGUUUAUUCAG